GGAGUGUGUUGAGGACACUUUCAGAUUUGGGAAGAUCAUGAUUAGCACUUUCAUUAAGAUUUGUGGGUCUGUGCUUCCAAACAGAAUUUAUACCGAGAGAGAAUUCUGAAUAUGGCUUGAUUUACUCUUGAUCUUGGCAGUGUUUCUAAUGAGCGUCCCAUGGACUCUAUCAAGUUCAGGGGGUUCUACUCUAGCACUGAGGAGCAGAACCCUGAGCAGCAAUCUGCUAUCAGUGAAAGCCUUUCUUCGUCGUUCUCUUUAAAAGCACAAGAGAAAAUGAGUGAUUACUCUGGACUUGCAAAUAACCAUAGCCAGAUGAUUGCUGAAGAGUCAGAAAUUCAGCCCAAGCCUGAACACUCUCGUGAAGUUCUUCAGGAAGAUGUUGAGAUGAGCAGUGGAUCCAGUGGAAAUGACUUCAGUGGAAACGACACGAAUGAAAACUACUCGAGUGGCCAUGAUUCUCAUGGCCAUGAGUCUGAUGAAAAUGGGAAAGACUCAGCAAUGCUUAUGGAAUCUUCAGACUGUCAUAAAAGUUCAAGCUCAAAUGCAUUUAGUCUGAUGAUUGCAAACUCUGAACACAAUCAGUCUAGCAGUGGAUGCAGUAGUGAGCAGUCCACUAAAGCCAAAACACAAAAGGAACUGCUGAAAACAUUACAAGAGCUGAAAGCUCACCUUCCUUCUGAAAAGAGAAUUAAAGGCAAAUCUAGUGUCCUAACGACGUUGAAAUAUGCCCUUAAAAGCAUUAAACAAGUUAAAGCCAACGAGGAGUACUACCAGUUGUUGAUGAUUAAUGAAUCCCAACCUGCUGGACUCAAUGUGUCAUCUUACACGGUGGAGGAAGUUGAGACUAUAACUUCAGAGUACAUCAUGAAAAAUUCAGAUAUGUUUGCUGUUGCUGUUUCUCUGAUUACUGGGAAAAUUUUAUACAUCUCUGAUCAAGCUGCUUCUAUUCUGCGCUGCAAGAAGGGUUAUUUUAAAAAUGCCAAAUUUGUGGAGUUCUUGGCACCUCAGGAUGUCAGUGUGUUCUAUACUUCUACUACUCCAUACAGAUUGCCGUCAUGGAAUAUCUGCAAUAGAGCUGAGUCUUCCACUCAGGAUUGCAUGGAAGAGAAGUCCUUUUUUUGUCGGAUCAGUGCAGGGAAGGAGCGUGAAAAUGAGAUUUGCUAUCACCCGUUUCGGAUGACUCCUUACCUUAUCAAAGUGCAAGAUCCGGAAAUAGCAGAGGACCAGCUUUGCUGUGUGUUGCUUGCAGAAAAAGUACAUUCUGGUUAUGAAGCACCCAGAAUUCCUCCUGACAAAAGAAUUUUUACGACUACGCACACACCGACGUGUUUGUUCCAGGAUGUAGAUGAAAG